AUGGAGUUUCUGAAGCUGCAGAAGGCAGAGACGGGAGGACUGAAAGGAAGCAUGCUGGGGAGCCAAGUGUUUGAGAUCUGUGAGGAGGUCUCUGGACUCACCAAGAGUUUUGCUGCCUGCAAAUAUGAUCCUCUGGAUCAGGGCUCAGCAAAGCCAUGGAAGAAGAACUUUGUGGAAGAGAAGAUGGGGAGCAAGUAUGUGGAAGGAAGGAGCGUUGAGCUCUUCCAGGCAUACAAGGAGAGCAGCCCCUCCACGCCCCUGUUCUUCAUUCUCUCCCCUGGCAUUGACCCACUGAAAGACGUGGAGGCCCUGGCCCAAGCAGAGUUGGGGGGGUUCCUGUUGCAGAACAUCCACCUGGUAGCCCGGUGGCUGGGCACACUGGAGAAGAUCAUGGAACAGGACAGCACGGGGGUGUUGAUGAGCGCUGAGCCAGCCCCAGCCCCGAGCACACCACCCAAGGGACUGCUGGAAACCUCCACCAAAAUGACCAAGGAGCCGCCGACGGGUAUGGCCACCACCCUGCACCAAGCCCUGGCCCCCUUCACGCAGGACACUUUAGAGAUGUGCAGCGAAGAAAUGGAGUUCAGAUGCCUCUUGGUCGCCCUCUGGCCCUUCCACGCGGUGGUGGCCGAGCGGCGCAAGCUCGGCACUCAGGGCUGGAACAGAUCCUGCCCCUUCAACAACGGCCACCUGACCAUACCCAUCGACGUCCUCUCCAAGCAGCUGGAGGCUAACCCCGAGGUGCCGUGGGACGAUCUCCGGCACCUCUUUGGUGAAAUCUAGUACAGGGGGCAGAUCAUGGACUGGGCCCGGCGGCUGUGUCAGCACUACCUGAGCGAGUAUCGUGUGGAGAUGCUGGAGGGGGACACACACUUGGCUCUGGGGCUUCUGAUCCCUCCCAGCAUGGGUUACAAGGGGUACCAUGUGUACAGUGAUGACAACCUGCCCCCCAAAAGCCCCCAGCUGUAUGGCCUGCACCCCAACACCAGCUUCCCGCCCAUGGCCUCGGACAGGCCCCUCUGCACAGCCCAGAGUCACUGGGGAGGCUCAGGUGUCUGCCAGGAGGAAAAGGCCAGUGUGCAGUCUGUCCUGGGAGAGAUGCUGGAGAAGCUGCCAGAGCCAUUCGACAUGGCCGAGAUCAUGGAACUGGAAGUCUGGUCAAUGGACUUUGUGCUGCCUGCAACCGUGUGGCUGGUGGGGUUCUUCAAUCCCCAGUCCUCCCUCACCACCAGCAUGCAGUCCAUGGCCAGGAAAAACGAGUGGCCACUGCACAAGAUGUGCCUCUCAGUGGAUGUGACCAAGAAAUACCGUGAGGAAAUAAGAGCUCCACCCAGAGAAGGCUCCUGUGUGCAUGGAUUAUUCAUGGAAGGCGCUCGAGGGGACAUCCCCGGAGCGAUCGCCGGUGCCCGGCUGAAGGAGCUGAUUGAUUCCUUGCCCACGAUGCCAGUCCUUGCCAUCAGAGCCGUUCCCAUGGACCGCCUGGACACCAAGAACGUCUUUGAAUGUGCUCUCUCCGAGACACGGGUGAGAGGUCCCACCUAGGUCUGGACCUUCAACCUAAAGACAAAAGCAGAAGCUGCUAAGUGGGUCCUUGCUGGCGUUGCUCUGCUCUUCCAGGUCUGA